AUGGCCGGCAAUUUCUUGCAAGGAAAAGUGUCGCUGGUGACGGGCGCGUCGUCCGGCAUGGGUCGAGCCACGGCGUUACUGUUGGCGCAGCACGGCUCCAAGAUCGUCUGCUGCGACUUGAGGCCCGAGCCCAACCCGAAAGGAUACGAGGCCGAUCUCGACAAGACGACGGUGCAGGUGAUUGAGCAGAAUGGCGGAGAGGCCAUUUUCCAGCAGGUUGACAUUUCCAACUUUCCGCAAGUGGAGGCGGCUUUUGAACAGACAGUUGCUAAAUUCGGCCGUCUCGACAUCGUCGUCAACUGCGCCGGGCUCUGGGUGCCGUUCCGCAAAUUCGUCGACGAAGACGACGAGCUAUGGUCGAAGAUGAUGGCGAUCAACCUCGGCGGCACAUCCAAGGUCUGCCGGCUCGCGCUGCGGCAGUUCCUCAAGCAAGACGUCGACCCGGCGUGGGGCAGCCGCGGCCGCAUCGUCAACAUCUCGUCGUGUUCCGGCGUGAUCGCGUACGGCGGCCAGGUGGCCUACUGCGCCACCAAGGCGGCCAUCAACCACCUGACGCGCGCGGCCGCCAUCGACCACGCCCAGGACUCCAUCAACGUCAACUGCAUCGCCCCCGGCGUCGUCGAGACCGGCAUGGCCCGCGGCAAUAUCGAGAACAAGGACAUCAUCAAGGUCAUGAAGGCCGCCACCCCUUGGCCGCGGCUGGGCAAGGCCGACGAUAUCGCGGAGGCGGUGCUGAAUUUCUGUACUCCGGCCAGUCAGUGGGUUACGGGCCAGGUGUUGUCUGUCGAUGGGGGGAUGACUUUGGGGGUUCCGGCUUAG